UUAACUGCCCUCGUCUGAUACUUUGGUUUCUCUCAACCCUCUUCUGUUCUUGGUUUCUUCUCCUCAAAUCAGAUUCCCAACACUCCCACUGAGCUCAGCUCAGUGUUCAGUCAUGAAGAUAAUCUUGGUCUUCAGCUCUCUUUGCUUGUUCCUCGGUUUACACAGCCAGAGGGUAUCAUCACAAGGACAUGCUAGCACCCCACCCAGAGGUUGGAAUUCCUAUGACUCCUUCUGUUGGACUAUUUCCGAAGAAGAGUACUUGGAAAGUGUUGAUGUCAUAGCUAAGCAGCUACGUCCAUAUGGAUAUGAGUAUGCUGUUGUGGAUUACCUGUGGUAUAGGAAAAAGGUUCCAGGUGCCUAUGUUGAUUCUCUUGGAUUUGAUGUAAUCGAUAAAUGGGGGAGGCCUAUACCUGACCCAGGUAGGUGGCCUUCGUCCAGAGGUGGGAAUGGGUUCACUGAAGUGGCAUCAAAAGUACAUCAGUUGGGUUUGAAGUUCGGGAUUCAUCUUAUGAGAGGAAUUAGUACACAGGCAGUAAACGCGAAUACCCCUAUCUUGGAUGUCACCAAGGGGACUGCUUAUAAAGAAGCUGGAAGAAUAUGGACUGCAAAAGACAUAGCAAUUCAAGCACGGCGUUGUGCCUGGAUGCAAAAUGGUUUCAUGAGUGUCAAUACUACAUUGGGUGCUGGGAAGGCCUUCUUAAAAUCUCUUUAUCUACAGUAUGACGAGUGGGGUGUUGAUUUUGUGAAAAAUGACUGUGUGUUUGGUGAAGACUUUGAUGUUGGUGAAAUAACCGUUGUGUCGGAGGUUCUAAAGCAACUUAACCAUCCUGUGGUGUAUUCUCUCUCACCUGGAACCCAAGCAUCACCUGCUCUGGCCAAAGGUAUAACUGGUAUAGUCAAUAUGUAUCGUAUAACAGGGGAUGAUUGGGACACAUGGGACGAUGUUGGAGCUCAUUUUGAUGUUACCAGGGAUUUUGCUGCUGCAAAUUUGAUAGGAGCAGACGGCUUGCUGGGAAAAUCAUGGCCCGACUUAGACAUGCUUCCCCUGGGAUGGCUCACUGAUCCAGGUUCAAAUGAUGGCCCACAUAGACAAUCAAAACUCACUUUAGAUGAGCAAAGAACUCAGAUGACUUUGUGGUCUAUUGCCAAAUCUCCUCUGAUGUAUGGAGGAGAUGUGAGAAAGCUUGAUGAUGCCACAAUUAGUCUCCUCACAAAUCCUACCUUGCUGGAGAUUAAUUCCUUUAGCUCCAACAAUAAGGAGUUUCCAUUGAUUUCAGGUAGUUCGAGUAAAGGUGACAUCAAGAAUGCUGAUCUGGGUAACACCUGGAAAUCAAGAAGACAAUUAAAAAGUUUGCAGACUUCAGAUUCACAGGUUCUUCAUCUCACUAGCUGUGCAGAUGAGAAAGCAAUUGGGUGGUCCACUAAAGCUCUAGACCAAGAUCUUGAACACAUCUGCUGGAAAGAACACUCGAGAAAGAAAUAUCAGACACCUUUUUGCUUAAACAAGAGAGAAUCUCUUUUGGCAAUGAAAGAGGACAUAAUGUACAAACAGCAAUACCAGGGGAAGGUCAAUUUGUUAGCUAGUGACAGGGAGGACAUGUGCUUGCAUGGUUCUCCAAAACGGAAGCUUACUUCAAACGAGCUAAAGACAAGCUUCUUUUCACCUUGCGAAUGGGAUGCAAAUCAGAUGUGGGAGUUGAACCCCAAUGGAACCUUGGCAAAUAGCUAUUCUGGCUUGUGUGCGACAGUAAAUUCGGUUAAAGGUAAAGCCAAUCCUGUUGGAGUUCGUUCUUGGAUAGCCACCGGAAGACAAGGAGAAAUAUAUGUAGCUUUCUUCAAUCUGAACUCAGCAAAAACUACCAUAACUGCAAAUAAAUCAAACUUGGCAAAAGCACUUCCGGGCUCGAGAGUAAGUGCAGGUUCCUGCAGAGCCAAAGAAGUAUGGAGCGGACAAGACUUGGGGAUCAUAGACAAGGCCAUAUCAUUUGGUGUUGAAUCUCAUGGAACUGCCCUAAUUGUCCUAUCUUGUAGUUAGUGACGAUAAACCUGAUAGGGGUUUAGGGAGAUAUAUGGAUGAGAAAUGAAAUAAAAAAGAAAAUUUGUUUUA